AUGGCGUCCUCCUCCAGCGCUGCGUUUCGGAGCGUGUUUAUCUUAGGACGAAAGAACCUUUUACCGUCCAGUUUUCAGCAUGGCACACACAGAGCCACGUACGCGACCCUUCUGUCCACCAGUCCUCCUAAUAAUGCUAAAAACAACAGAGGUUUUCCAGAGAGAGGAGGCCGAGGUCCGUUUGUGAGAAAACCCAGGAGAGAAGCCGGAGCGCCGCGGACAGAGAAGAUGUCUGCGGAUCAGGACUGGACGGCUGUGUACCCCUCUGCUGCUCCCUUCAGACCCAACGCUGUCCCGCUGCCUGUCCGCAUGGGCUAUCCUAUAAAGGGGGGCGUCGCCAUGGAAAAAAAGGGGAACUUGGAGCUGGUCAAGAUCCCUAAUUUUUUGCAUUUGACACCAGCCGCAAUCAAGAAGCAUUGUGCUGCACUUAAACCUUUCUGCACGCAGUGGCCGUCAGCGCUGGACACAGACGCUAAGUGUGACCAGCACUUCCCAAUCCAAAUCCAAACCACGGACUAUGUGAGCGACGGCCCUUCGCUGCGAAACCCGUCCGCUCGCAUCGUACGCCUCAAAGUGAAAUUGUCGAGCUUGAAUCUGGACGACCAUGCACGCAAUAAGAUGAUCAAACUGGCGGGAGAUCGAUUCUGCAAAAGCACAGACGUCCUCACCGUCACCGCCGACAGCUGCCCUUUGCGAAAGCAGAAUUACGACUAUGCAAUGUAUCUCCUCACGGCUCUUUACCAUGAGUCCUGGAAAACUGAAGCCUGGGAGGCAGAGAAGACCGUGGCCGACAUGGAGGAGUACAGCUGGGAGAACAGUCCCUCGCAGAGAAACCUCCUGGAGACUUUGAGGCACAUGAAGAUGGAGGGAGGAGAGGGAGGUGAGGGAGGAGAGGGAGGAGAGGGAGAGCACCAUCGGCUGCUGGGUCGAGCUGAGGUGCAGGAGUACAAGGACUCUGUGACCAGGUUGAAAAACGAAGGAGAUAACGACGAGACGUUACAACUUUACAAAGAGGCCGUCAAGAAAGUACUCCAACUGUAA